CACAGGAUCUUCUGACCCGCACAGGAGAAAAUCUAGAACCGACAACAUGGUUGAAUGGACAGACUUCGAGCGCGCCACCAUCGCCGACAUCUUCUCCAAGAUGGAGUAUGAGAUCAUUGGACCUGCAGCUCUGUCCAGGUGUCUGGUGGUCUACCCCUGGACUCAGAGGUAUUUCGGGAACUUUGGAAACCUCUACAACGCCGCUGCCAUCAUGGGAAACCCACUGGUUGCAAAACACGGAACAACCAUCCUCCACGGUCUGGACCGGGCUGUGAAGAACAUGGACAACAUCAAGGCCGAAUAUGCCGAACUGAGCGUGUUGCACUCCGAGAAGCUGCAUGUGGACCCUGAUAACUUCAAGCUGCUCUCUGACUGUCUCACCAUCGUGGUUUCUGCAAAAAUGGGCAAAGAGUUCACCGGUGAUGUUCAGGCAGCUUUCCAGAAGUUCCUGGCUGUGGUGGUCAACUCCCUGGGAAGACAGUACCACUAGAGAGCUGCAAGAGAAGACAUCACAUGAUGAUCCAAUCAAAUCA